AUGACAACAACCACAAGCGAAGCUGUUUUCCUGUGGAUCAGUGGUCAGAGUGGAGCUGGGAAAACGACACUUGGUACCAAUUUGUCCGACCACUAUGGUUUUGUGCAUUUUGAUGGAGACGUCUUCUACCAAGGUGGCGAUCCCAUUGCCGACGCAGGCAUCUACAAGCAACACACAGACCGACCAGAAGAACUCAAGCAAAAGUGGUCGCUGGUGUCCGAGAACUUUGGGGCAUUGUUUACGGGUGCACUAGUCCCAGUAGAGGAUUGGGCUGAUUCCAUGGAGUGUUUGGUCCAAGCGGUAGCUCAAGCCGUGUCGAAGCAACCAAAUCCCAUCCGAUUCGCCGUCAGUUUUGCCGUCUACCCGCGUUCGGUUCGCCAAUGGAUCGAAGAGCGACUGCUGUCCUUGACGGGGAAACAGAUCCAAUUUGUGGUCUUGUACGAUGCCGAAAAAGCAGCACCCAGACGCAAACUGGAACAAACAAAAGAGGUGGCGAAAUCGCAAGGCAAGAGUUUGGAAGAGUUUUGGAAAUCCCAUGGCAAGCCCGAUGGGAGCGAGGAAGCUGUUCUCAGAGAACUUUCCAUGGUGCAACGUGGCUUUGAGCCUGGCGUAGAAGAACAAGGGGAGAUGGCAAUCCGAAUAGUCGCUGCACACGACACAAACACAGUACUGGAUAGCGUAGUCCAACGACUCGGGUUGAAAAAAAAACAAUCUUCUUAG